AUGGGCGUUAGGCGCCUCCAGAGCCCCGAGGCGCCGCUCCCAGGCACCUGGCCCUGCUGCCCCCCUGCUCUGGGCCCUCUGCCCUUCGGGGGGCCUGGCACAGGAGCGCUCCAGGCCGUUGGUCUGGGGCCCCGCCACUCCCUGGGGGCAGCUUGGCAAGGGGGUUCCGGUGCGUGGUGGGUGGGCUCCCUGCUGCUGCGCGUCCCCCUGCCCGGGGCGAGGGGCGUUUUCCCGCGGGGGAGGGGAGCACGGCUCUGGCUGGGGCUUAGGGAGGGGGGGGUGCUUGGGGGGCAGCCUGACCGCCAGCCGGCGCAUCUCCAGCUCCCUUUGGGGGGCGGGCACCCCGCACCCCUCCCCAUUCCUGUUCCCUCAGCGGGCAGCAGAAGCAGGGCCCUGGGCACAACCGGGGGCGGGGGUUGGUGUCCGUCCCCCCGGGGCCCCUCUCAGCCAGCGGCCGGCGAAGGGGACACUCUGUCGUUCAGGCCCUACCUGAGCGUCUCCGAGAACUUCCACGGCCCCGGGCUCACGUAUGUCCCGGCCACGGCCUCCAUCGAGCUGGGCACCCAGGGGAGCCAGCACUGCCAUUCCAACCGGGCUGGCAGCCCCUACCACGCCGAAAACCACUGGGCUCGAAGGAAGCUCUACGUCGCCUCCGUCAUCUGCCUCCUCUUCAUGAGCGGAGAAGUCGUUGAGAUCCUGGGGGCCCUGCUCUCCGUGCUGUCCAUCUGGGUGGUGACCGGCGUCUUGGUGUACCUGGCUGUGGAGCGUCUGCUCUCCAACAACUACGAGAUCGAGGGGGACGUCAUGCUCAUCACCUCCGCCUGCGCCGUGGCUGUGAACCUCGUAAUGGGAGCCGCCCUCCACCAGGCGGGCCACGGCCACAGCCCACACCGCCACAAAAAUUGCGUUUUGCGUGCUGGCCACGCUGGAGCGGAGCGGAAGGCAGCAGCUGCCCGGCGGCGUGGCAGAGCGCGGCGCCUUGUGGUCUGUGCCACUGCGAGAGGGAACACGGCGGCUCGGCUUGGGAGGGGGCCAGGCGAUCGCGGGGCGCCUGGGCGUGAGGCCUUUGUGAGAGCUGAAUGAAACAUACGAGUAACAGCUGCCCCCCAGCCAGAGUACAAAUACAUAGACCCCGUCUGCACCUUCCUGUUCUCCGUCCUGGUCCUGGGAACCACGCUGACCAUCCUGCGGGACGUCGUCCUCGUGCUGAUGGAGGGCACCCCCAAGGGGGUGGACUUCACCAGCGUGAAGGAGACCCUGCUCUCCGUGGAGGGGGUGAAAGCCCUUCACAGCCUGCACAUCUGGGCCCUGACCGUGUCUCACCCGGUGCUGUCGGUCCACAUCGCCAUCAACGAAACCCCCGACGCGCAGACGGUCUUGAAGGAGGCCAGCUGCCAGCUGCAAGGGGCGUUCAACUUCCACACCACCACCAUCCAGAUUGAGAACUACUCCGAGGACAUGAGAGACUGCCGGGAAUGCCAGAGCCCCUCAGACUGAACAGGGCGAGGGACGUCCUGGGAAUGCCGCUAUCUCAGAGCUCCUUGGCUGCCGUCCAGAGCAAGGACACGCCCUGGUCUGUGUCGGUUUGGAGGCAGCAGGGCGCCACUCCUGGGGCGUUGGGAUGAGGUGACAUGACUGUGUCCUCUUCUGCGCUGUGUCAGAGAGAAACGUUUUCUUUGCCUUUUAUUUCACUUUCAGCCCAUGCUGAAGAGGAAGUGUCACUUUUAAUAUUCUGAAAAUAAAGCAAAU